AGCUCUGCGGCUACAAGCCGCGCCGGCUCGCCGCCAUCUUGUUCACAGAGAGCACCUCCCUUCGUUCCUUAGGCUUUAGGCGGGACUCGGCGAGGCCAUGGCGACUGAGGAGCGCAGCGGGGCACGGCCUGCGGGACCGGCCUCCGGGCGAAGUGGCUGCGGAGUCCCCCGACGCGGGGAGCAGACCCCGGCGGCUGUGGAGAAGCGUGGGCCGUACAGGAUGACGCGCGCGCCUUCCAUUCAGGCCAAGCUGCAGAAGCCCCGGGACCUGGCCAAGGCCGCCCUGCGGAGAAAAGGCGUGCUGGGGGCCGCGCGCCGCCCCGACUCUUCAGGGAAAAGGUCAGUGAAGUUUAACAAGGGCUAUACUGCUCUUAGUCAGAGUCCAGAUGAAAACCUGGUGUCCCUCAACUCUGACAGGGCUGUCUUCUUUGGAGCACUAUUCCAUCCCAAGAUGGCUUGCUUAGAGGACUCAGAGGAUUCAUGCUGCUCUUGGAUUUGGAGCACCAGCCUUGUCUGGAGAAACCAUCCUUCCCUAUUGUGUCUUGCACUGUUAGUGACCUUGUCCCUGCCGGAGCCAUUGAAGGAACCAUUUGUACACUCACGGCAAAUUCUGGGCUUGAAUCCUAUGCAGGUGAACCAGGAUGUGAGCCGCCAGCUGCUCCAGGAUGGGUAUCACCUGGAUGAGAUUCCAGAUGAUGAGGACUUGGACCUCAUUCCCCCCAAGCCUAUGGCUUCAACGUGCUCCUGCUGCUGGUGCUGUCUUGGAGACUCUUUCUCUUGUACCAUCCAGUAGACAUAAGCCCCUAAAAUGGGCCCUGCUUGCCAUUCCUGCAGAUCUCUUUUGGCUCUUCCUAGGUCACAGACUGCAUUCCCAGAAUCACUUGAGGUACUGGCCUGGGAAGUCAGUGACCUGUAGUUACCCCUUACCUGGUGCUUCUCCGGCAGGAGGCCCCCAUCUGGGUGAUAGGGUAAUAUAUGGAAUUCUGCAGUUUUCCUCUGCUGUUGGAGCAGAGUUUGAAACCAUUUAAUAAGGGGGGGAAUAGAGGAAUUCUGUUUCUUAGGGUGAGUGAUAAUGCUGGCUAAGAAAAACACUUGAAAACAUCUUGACUGGUAUUUGUUGUCAUGCUCUUUGGAUGGAAAAAGAGCUUUUGUGCCCAGAUUGUGCUGGAUGGUGUUGUGUGGAGGCAGAAAAUUUGUGGCUUGCAGCUGGGAAUCUUUGAAAAAGAAUUUAUGUGGGACCAGUUCCAGAAAUUCCUUAAGCUCUCCUUUCUAGCUCCAAGAUGGGUUUGCCCUUCAAGAAAGGAUAAAGCUUUGGCCCUCUUCUGGUUGUGCCUGUCUGACUGUUGCAAGGAGGAUAGCAGCUUGCUUGAUGACACAGCAGGUUCCAGAAUCCCUGGACCCAGAGCAUCCCCAAAUGAUCUGUAUGAGUAGGUUUAUUUUAUCGUUCCUUGGUUGCCAUUCUCCACCUUGGUCUUAGCUAGUUUCUCCAUCCAGUCUUGGAGCUAAAUGUUGGCCCAGAAGCCUGCAGAUUUUGGUUACCAGGAGAGGGAGCUGCAGGGAGCAUUCAAAUGUCUUUCUAUUUAAUAGCCUUGUAAACUUGAGAAGCAGAGGGCCUCCCUUCAACCCAAUGUGGACCAUUCCAUUGUGUCCAGGUGUUCAGAUUCUUCUGACCGCAGCAUGGGCCUCACAGUGGAUACUCAGGAUUGGACUUUGUACAGUAAACCUCUGUGUGCAACACAGCCUCUCAGUCCCCCAUUGUGAACACAGCAGACACAUAAUCCCCUCCAUGAUCCCUACUAGACAACAUACCUUGCUAAACCACACGUCUCCCUAGAAUUUAGUUUUAGUGUGUUUUGCCUUUCCUGGAAACGUGGUGAGAACUGAAUGGGUGUGGGCAGGGUUCCUAGCCCAAGGGGUAUGAUAGCCAGGAUUGGAUUGUGGGCCCCACAGGGAAAGUGCCUGGUCUCUUGACUUAUUUGAUGCCCUACAACUACUAGGGGUCUAUGAGGGAUGGCAUGGACUCUUUUUUUGCUCUACUACUACAUGAGGUGAUUGAAAGACUGAGAAUGUCAGAUUAAAAGGCCAUAUUUGUCAGAGGACUAGCCUCAUGAGGGUAAUCCUAUUAGCUUGAUUGGCAUCUAUAUUGGUGCUUUUCUCAAAUCUUAGAAAGCUGAGAGGAAUACAGUAUCCAGGGGGCCGUGGCUAACUUAUUCUAUGAUCUCACAGUGCACACAGCAAGAGAGAGGGGACAGGGACCAGAGCCACUUCUGGGAUAAGGGAUAAGGGAGGCACAUGGUCAUUCUUUUCUGGAAUGGCGCUCUGCAACUCUACAUAGGUGCCCACUUUCUGAGCACUUUGAAAAUGCUUGCAGGGAGUGAGGACAUCUCCAUUCUGACACCCUUGCCCACCCACAGAUAUAUUCAGGCCUUUCUGGCUUCUGCAGAGGUGGCAAAAUGUACACAAAGGGUGUCCGAUGUAGGACAGUGUAAAGGAAGACAGUGGUAACAGGAAACCCAGUGGGGGCCAGAAAGUGGCUGUGGCAGCCAAAUGUGGGACAAUUUUCUGUGGGGGAGAUGGUUAGGACAGUGGAAACUGCUGGUGUGGCUAUAGGAACCCAAGACCAAGGCCCUCUGGAUCAUUGUUGCUGUUAACACUAGUAUAUUUGGCUGCAGCUGUUCCUGAAGAGGAUGUUCCAGAGCUGGUUGACCCUGAGUGGGAGGCAUUAUCUUUGUGGGGAAAGUUGCAGGAACCUGAAAUAGGGGACAGUGUGUGGUGAGGCAGGAUAGGUAUGGUCAUUUGUUUGGGGCCAGAUGCCCAGAACCAAACUGCCUUAUUGAGAGUGCUGGGUAUUCUGUAGGUGACAGUACCCUGGGGACAGGGGUGUAUUCAGGCUUUACCUGACUGAUGGGAGUGGUGCUCUAUGGUGUUUACAGAGUACUCUACAGAACUCUUGGCUUAGAUUUCCACAGCUCUGUAAGUUUAUAAUAAAUAGUCAUGCUAGUUGAGCUCUCUGUUGCAAUAGGAUUUUUAAGAAAGGUCCAGGCCAUAGUCAUUGCUACUUCUAAAUUCUGAAAUAAAGAAAUAUCCAAAUA